GAAUCUCUGCCAACUGCCAUUGCAUAGAACACAGUCUAAUACACAGCACAACUAGGCAGUUUGACGUAAUUUACCUAUCUAUCACUGUAGCCACUGCAAGAAAGCGUUUCCAACUAACGGCUCUGCUUGUAAGAGAUACAGGAUAAUCUUUGGAAAAAGCGGACGGAGAUUGUUGGUUACCAUGCCAACACUAACCGUGGUUCCUCGGAGCAGCAGGCUGUUGUCGUGGAGACCAGAAUCUAACAAGAGGCUUCAACCACCCAGGGAGAAUAAUAUGAAAAGUAAUUAAACAACAGACCUUGUGUCAGAACAUUGGCAGUGCUGUUACCAUGGAGACUGGCAAGCGAGGCUUGGUGAAUGUGAUAGCGCCUGGCAGCAGCUCCGUGUCAGAGCAGAGAGAGAACAGCAUCAACAACAGCAUGCCACUCCGGGCUCCUCUAACCACCUUGUUCCUCCACACAGUGCCAGGCCUUUCUUCACACCCCCAGGCUCAGCCAGCUGCCUCCUUGGACUCCACGACCCUUCGUCUGUCCAUCCCUCAGCAGGGCUCCACAGACUCCCCACCCUUCCUGACUCUCCACCUACCAGCCAGGCUGCAGCUGCACCAGCAGGCCCCACAAUCAGGCCUGGGGGCGCAUGUGUCCCUGAGGGCCUCUGUGUCUGCAGCCAGACCCUCUAGGUCCGCUGGGAAGCACCUGUGUCCUCACUGUGGCCGGGACUGCAUGAAGCCCAGUGUCCUGGAGAAACACCUGCGCUGCCACACCGGGGAGCGGCCCUACCCCUGCACCACCUGCGGCAUCUCUUUCAAGACCCAGAGCAACCUCUACAAGCACCGCCGCACACAGGCCCACGCACGCCUCAGCUCCGGGUCAGGGCAGAGGUCGCUCGGAUCUCUGGGCAGUUUACAAGGUCACUCCUCCCUGAGCAGCAUGGACACUCUGCAGGGACACCAAGCAAGUCUGCAAGGUCACUCAUCCCUGGGAUCGAUGGACAGUCUGGGCAGUCUACAGGGCCAUUCCUCAGUGAGCAGCUUGGACAGUCUACAGGGCUAUUCCUCCCUGGGCAGUCAGGACAGUCUGCAGGGACAUCGUCUGCAAGGUCACCAGGACAGUGUAUUCAGUUUACAGGGUUCCAGGGAUACCCUCACCUCCAGCCCCUCUCUAGAUACCCUCAGCCAGGACCCAGGUAGUCUGGAGAAUGGCAGCUCUCUCUCUGCUACCACCACCACCCUCUCCCCCAGCCCUGGCCAGAGGAGUGGGACAGAAACAGGUAGAGACACAGACAGAGACACAGGCUGGGCCCUGCAGCAGGCUGGGUUAGAGGGUCUCCUCCUGGCUGCUGGGGGGAACCAGAGUAUAGAGUUAUCCAAGAGGAGGAGAGAAGCGGAGGAUACGAGGGAUGAACUGAGAGAGAGCAGGAAGGAUAAAGAUAGAGAGAAGUCAGUGUUGACCCUGUCCCGCCACCUCCCGCUGCGGAGACAGCAGGCUGCCAUCUUGUCUCAGUGGGAGGGUUCUCUGGCUAGGGGGAUGGCCCAGAACCAAGACAACUUCCUGUCUAGAGGGAAGUCCCAGAGCCACGACAGCACAGACUCCGGCUACAGCGAGACCUCCAGCCCUGGGUCUGGACCAUACAACCCUGGGUCUGGCCUACACAACCACAACCCUGGGUCUGGACCACACAACCCUGGGUCUGGACUACACAACCACAAUCCUGUGUCUGGACUACACAACCCUGGGUCUGGACUACACAACCACAACCCUGGGUCUGGACCACAAAGCCACAACCCUGGGUCUGGACCCCACAACUCUGGGUCUGGACCACACAACCCUGGGUCUGGACCACACAAAAACAACCCUGGGUCUGGACCACACAGCCCUGGGUCUGGACCACACAACCAUGGGUCUGGACUACACAACCACAGCAUGGAGUCAGUGGCAGAGUCUAGUAUGGAGAUACACGACCAGCAGGACACCUUCCACACACAGCCUGACCAAACUAACACCACACACACACAUACACUCACACAGCCUUCACACACACCCACACAGCUAAACGCCACACACACACCCACACAGCCAGAACUCACCGUGUCUCAGCCCAGGAGCACAGUUUCAGUCCAGGCACAGCAGAGUCUUGAAGAGAGAAUCUCCAAGCUGAUCUCAGAGAACGAUGCAGUGGUGGAGGACAAACACCUGAACACAGUCCGACCCAGGAAGACCCUCCUGUCCAAACAGGGCAGCAUCGACCUGCCAAUGCCCUACACCUACAAAGAUUCCUUCCACUUCGAUAUGAAGACCAGCAACAGGCCUCCUACAGCCAGCGCUGGGAUGGCCUGGCAGAGAGGGGACAGGGGAGGAGGGUGGCCAGGUCUGUAUAGUUCGGUACCUACCCAGACCUCCACCAGCCUGGAGCAGGGGCAUCAUGCCCCCCUGACCCGCAGUAGCUCCCUGCCCCACUGUGUGGGCCUUCAGGGUACAGUCAGAGCCAGCUCGGCCUCUCCGCACAACCCCCAUCCUCACCAAAGAGACUGGCUAUACCUGGGCCGUAAGGGCAGCUCUGGACUACUUUACCCUGUAGGCUUUGCCACCAAGUCUGUUGACCGUCGCGCAUCAGGCCACCGCAUGCUGGUCAGACAGGCGGCCGUGGACAACCUCCCGACGGACGGACCAUUGACAUUAGCAGCCGGCGACAAUGUCAUUCCCUGCGGUCUUGGCUCAGAUGGAGACGGAGGCGUGGAUGGAGAGCUGAGUAGAAAGAGUCGUAGGAAGAAGUCCCAGAAGUUUGCCUAUAGUAAGUGGUACAAGUAUGGAGGAGGAGGAGGGACGUUCACAAAGCUCUACAGCCCAGAGAAGGCAGCUGAUCCUGGUAUGUUGAAGGCUAAAAGGUCAUUAGCUGGUCUGGAGCCAGAGAGGGUCCUGGUGGUUCAGAGAGGCCCAGCAGUAAGCAGAGACCUGGUGACAUCACUGGUCUCAAGUAGUGCCACUGUGUGUCUUCCAUCCUGUCUCCAAGACAACCUUUCACCUGUCAAUCAUGUCCACUCAUGUCGAAUACCCAGUCAUCUCCAUACUACACCCACUUCCUGUCUCACACCCAGUCAUCUCCAUACCACACACACAUCCUGUCUCACACCGAGCCAUCUCCAUACCACACACACUUCCUGUCUCACACCGAGUCAUCUCCAUACCACACCCACUUCCUGUCUCACACCCAGUCAUCUCCAUACCACACCCACUUCCUGUCUCAAACCCAGUCAUCUCCAUACCACACCCACUUCCUGUCUCACACCUAGUCAUCUUCAUACCAGACCCACUUCCUCUCUCAAACAUCCCCUCCAGAGAACCCAGUCAGUCUCAAAAGCAUCGUUUUUUAACAGGACUGACUGUGUGUCUAUGACAGUGACCCACCAGGAGAAACACACCAACUGUGUGUCUCAACGAUGUGGAAGCCAUGUUCCCUCAGAGAGGAAGAAGCAGAAGAUUGAGAAUAACGUCUGUCUUCUGGAGGGAGGAGGAGGCCUACACAGCAGCAGUAAACUGAACCAACUCCCAUCCUCAGUCAGAGGUGGGAUAGCCAAGCCCUCCUCCUCCUCUGAUUCAGCCAAGACCAGUUUCCUCCCUAAGUACCAGUUGAGGCUUCCUACAGACUCAGGGCCUACGGGCCUCACCCAAACACAACCUAGAGGCCCUGUCAGGGUUUCAUCAGUCACAGGCGUAGGACAGGGUCAGGGCAGGUUUGCUACACCUGUGACAGCUCUAGAUCAAAGCCAGUCUGCUACACCUGUGACAGCUCUAGAUCAAAGCCAGUCUGCUUCACCUGUGACAGCUCUAGUUCAAAGCCAGUCUGCUACACCUGUGACAGCUCUAGAUCAAAGCCAGUCUGCUUCACCUGUGACAGCUCUAGUUCAAAGCCAGUCUGCUUCACCUGUGACAGCUCUAGUUCAAAGCCAGUCUGCUACACCUGUGGCAGCUCUAGAUCAAAGCCAGUCUGCUACACCUGUGACAGCUCUAGAUCAAAGCCAGUCUGCUACACCUGUGACAGCUCUAGAUCAAAGCCAGUCUGCUACACCUGUGACAGCUCUAGUUCAAAGCCAGUCUGCUACACCUGUGACAGCUCUAGAUCAAAGCCAGUUUGCUACACCUGUGACAGCUCUAGAUCAAAGCCAGUCUGCUACACCUGUGACAGCUCUAGAUCAAAGCCAGUCUGCUUCACCUGUGACAGCUCUAGAUCAAAGCCAGUCUGCUACACCUGUGACAGCUCUAGAUCAAAGCCAGUUUGCCACCAUCACAGCCACAGCGGAGAAGCAAUCUGCCACAGCACCCACAGCCUUAGUACAGAGCAUGCCCUGGAAAACAUCAGUACAUGGUCAGUGCCCUACAGCCAACACCACUUCCACAACAACCCUCCACCCUGCUCUCACAGUAGCAGACCAUGUCAACCCUCUAACUUAUGUUACAACAGAGGUCAACCCUCCGUGUCAUACGAUAGCAGCUUUAGCAUGCCAUACCAUACCAUUCACUAAAACACAGUCAUCACCAUACCAUACAUCAGUAGCAUACCCUGCUAUUCCAUUCACUGUUAGUCACAGCAGCCAGUCAGAGGGUCAGAAAGUGUUCCACGUGAGGACAGCGGACCUCCACAUCUGUCUCCAGCUCAUCUCAGACGAACAGCUGGCGCUCAUACAGCCUCAGAUAGAACGACAGGAUACGACAUCAGAGCCUCAGAUAGAGAAACAGGAUAUGACAUCAGAGACAGGGCCUUCUCAUGGUGGCGUCCAUGGAGCGGUGGAUCCAGUAGGAACCACAAUGAAAAAGGAAGCGCUCCAAACCAGCUCAUUUAUUCUACCUGACGCUGAAACACAGGGGGGGACAGUGAAGGAUGUAACACACAGGAGGACAGCAAAGCAUGUGACACAGGAAGUCACUGGAACUUUGGAUCCAGUAGAACCUUCUUCAUCACAACAUGAGAACAACAGAGGUUUCUCUGGCGAUAAAGAGUGGCAGCAUUCAGCAGCAGUAUGUUGUCAUGACCUGGACCAUCCCUCAACAGACACCCUCUGUAGUCCUGGAACUCCUCUCACUCAGACGGACAGAUCAGACAUGACGGAAGCUGCUCCUCUAACCAACACAGAGCAGCAACUGUCUCGUAAUGGCUAUGUUUCACUUGAACCACCUGACCCAGGACUAUCUUUCCAGAACCACCCAGACACCAACACCGUCCUAGAGACUACAGGACUAUCUUUCCAGAACCACCCAGACACCAACACCGUCCUAGAGACUACAGGACUAUCUUUCCAGAACCACCCAGACACCAACACCUUCCUAGAGACUACAGGACUAUCUUUCCAGAACCACCCAGACACCAACACCGUCCUAGAGACUACAGGAGUAUUUCCUCAGAACCACCCAGACUCCAACACCUUCCUAGAUACUACAGGGCUAUAUCCUCAGAACCACCCAGAUUCUGUCAACAUGACUCCAGCUCUGCCUCACAACCAGGGUGCCCAGUCUAGAACUCUCCAGAACCACCCAGACACCAACACGGUCACAAUGCUUCUUCAGAACCACAUAGAUACUAGCAACGUGACUCCAGCUCUGCCUCACAACCGGGGUGCCCAGUCUAGAACUCUCCAGAACCACCCAGACACCAACACAGUCACAAUGCUUCUUCAGAACCACAUAGACACUAGCAACAUGACUCCAGCUCUGCCUCACAACCGGGGUGCCCAGUCUAGUACUCUCCAGAACCACCCAGACACCAACACGGUCACAAUGCUUCUUCAGAACCACAUAGACACUAGCAACGUGACUCCAGCUCUGCCUCACAACCUUGGUGCCCAGUCUAGAACUCUCCAGAACCACCCAGACACCAACACAGUCACAAUGCUUCUUCAGAACCACAUAGACACUAGCAAUGUGGCUCCAGUCAGUCUAUCUCUGCCUCUAUUUCUCCCACCGAGGGCACCAGGUGGUGUAGCUUCUGCCUCUCUGGGAGGUGUGGAAUCAGCCAGGAGUCAGACAGACAGAGGAGAAGAACAAGGCCUUCCUCUGCACCUCCUCCUUUCUUCAGACAGGACAGUCAGUGAAGUGGUCAGCCCCUCUCAUCAGGGCUGGUCUGAACAGGGCAUCAGUGAAGUAGUCAGCACCUCUCAUCAGGUCUGGUCUGAACAGGGCCUUGAUACCACUGAGAACAAUGUUGUCAUCCUCCCUAGCAACGCUGUUUCGUCUCUCUACAAUCAUGUCUGGGACAGUCCUGGGGAACCCAACUCAGCUGGAACACUCUGUACUGGGCUGCCAGCUGGAGAACCCAACUCAGCUGGACCACUGGUCUGUACUGGGCUGCCAGCUGGAGAACCCAACUCAGCUGGAAUACUGGUCUGUACUGGGCUGCCAGCUGGAGAACCCAACUCAGCUGGAAUACUGGUCUGUACUGGGCUGCCAGCUGGAGAACCCAACUCAGCUGGAACACUGGUCUGUACUGGGCUGCCAGCUGGAGAACCCAACUCAGCUGGAACACUGGUCUGUACUGGACUGCUAGCUGGAGAACCCAACUCAGCUGGACCACUGGUCUGUACUGGGCUGCCAGCUGGAGAACCCAAUUCACCUGGACCACUGGUCUGUACUGGGCUGCCAGCUGGGGAAGCCAACUCACCUGCAGUCAACCACAGCCUCACAGCAGGAACCAAGAAGAGCUGUGACAGAGGAGGAGAUGAGGUGGAGAAGAGAGGAGGAGAUGAGGAGGAGGAAGACUCCAGAAGAACGAGUCUGAAAGAUGAAGAGGUGUUAGAGGAGAGGGACGAGGUGUUGGAAGAGAGUGAGGAGAGGGAGGAGGAGGACAGGGAGGUGUUCAAUGAGAGGGAGGAGAGAGAAGAGGGGGAAGAGGUGUUAGAAGAGAGAGAAGAGGUUUUGGAAGAGACGGAGGAGAGUGAGGAGACAACGGAAACACCUGGCCAUACCUCUGAUGGGUUUAGAGGAGAGAUACAAGAGCUCUGGAGGGGCCCUCCCUGUCCUACCUUAUCUCCCCAGAGUUACAGCCAGGAUGAAGCAGAUUCCCGUCACAGCAUCUGGACAUCGCUGCCACUUUACAGUCAUCUAUAUCAGACACCAACCAACGUGUCUCACAACCUUUCAAAGGCCCCUCAGCAGCAGAUCAACUUAACUUCAGAAAAAGACCCAUUGUAUAACCAACAGACCAGCUCUUCAAAUGACCCUGACCCCACCACCCUGACACCACCACGGACCAGCUCUUCAAAUGACCCUGAACCCACCACCCUGACACCACCACGGACCAGCUCUUCAAAUGACCCUGACCCCACCACCCUGACCCCACCACGGACCAGCUCUUCAAAUGACCCUGAACCCACCACCCUGACCCCACCACGGACCACCUCUUCAAAUGACCCUGAACCCACCACCCUGACCCCACCACGGACCAGCUCUUCAAAUGACCCUGACCCCACCACCCUGACCCCACCACGGACCAGCUCUUCAAAUGACCCUGACCCCACCACCCUGACCCCACCACGGACCAGCUCUUCAAAUGACCCUGACCCCACUGUAUGCCACAGCACCCCAGUCUUUAGUGAUACCAGCAGGGCAGGACAGACACACCCCUUCCCUACAGCACAGUGCGUGAGCAGGUUUAUGGUCCCUGCAGCACAGUGUGUGAGCAGGUUUAGGGCCCCUACAACAGAGUGUGUGAGCAGGUUUAGGGCCCCUACAGUAGACUGUUUGAGCAGGGUUAGGGCCCAUACAGCAGACUGUGUGAGCAGGGUUAGGGCCCAUACAGCAGACUGUGUGAGCAGGGUUGGGGGAGUGCAGAGUAGUAGCCUGGAGGAUCAAGAGGACAGUAGCAGUAGUGAUGAUGAAGGGAAACUGAUUAUUGAGCUUUAGACAGGAGUUAGAUUUUCUACAUGGAAUACAGACAGACUGGAAGAGGGGAGGAGGGGAGGAGGAGAGAAUGGGUGGAGGGAGGAGAGGGAGGACAGGA